AUGUCGCAACGCAUAUUUAAUACAGGGGUUUUGAAAAGCGCCUGGAGACAAAUUAAAGCAGUCAUUGAAGCUGAGCUAGAGGAGGAUCAUAUGCAAGAUCGAACACGAAACGAAGUUACGACAGGGUUGUAUGAAUACGAAACGCUCAAGGGACAUGUCUUGCCAUUGCGGCUUGUCGAGCUUCUCCCUGGCACUAGACAGGAAGAUAUAACCUGCCGCAUGUACGAAACAUCCUUGGACAAAUGCGCAGGAUCCUACGAGGCGCUUAGUUACGUCUGGGGGGAUGACAGCGAGAAGACUCCUAUCCAAAUUGAUGGCCGGACUCUUGAGAUUGGCCCUAAUUUACGGCUUGCCCUAUUCAACCUACGUCUACCAGAUAAGCCUCGCACUCUCUGGGUCGACGCUAUCUGUAUCAGACAAGACUGUACCAACGAGCGAAAUAAGCAAGUUGCAUUCAUGGACGAGAUUUACCGACGGGCAAGGAGGACUGUUGUGUGGCUCUGUGACGAAGUGAAAGGAGAGACGAGUGCUGCAAUCUCCAUGCUGGAAGCUCUUGCCGAAGAUGCCAUAUCGCGCUCUCACAAACGAAGCUCACAUGGUGAUGGUAACGGCGAGGGUGAAAAGAUUGUUCAUCUCAACAACCUACCGGUGUCGAUGAUAGAGAAAGUCGGCGUCACAGAUCCAAUGUUCGACCGCUACCAGAACGAUGCAACAGCCAUACAUCUACUAAGAAACUGGGAUCACUUACGCAUCGGGGUGAACCACGGUCUAGAUUUAGGAAUCUGGACACCCAUCUCAAUGGGCAUUAUGCGCGAUCCUAUCAUCACGCCCUUUUUGUCUCUGCAAUGGCUGAGGUUAAAACGACAAACGCAAGACCCGAAAGAGCCCCCAGGGCAGGUUUUACUAAAUCUGCUGUUCCAAUGCCGCUUCCGCCAGGCAUCUGACCCACACGACAAGAUCUAUUCUUUGCUUGGUCUUAUUGCCAGCACUGGCUCAAACCCACUCGUGGCACCAAUCCCGGCGAAUUCGCCCCUAGGGAUCAAGCCCGACUACUCUUCACCAGUGAAUACAAUCUAUACUCAUGUCGCACGGCAGAUGAUCCUAGUGUCUAACACUCUCGAUGUACUCGGCGGCUGUAAAGGUAGCCCACCGACUGCGGCCUUAGACCCCGGCUUCACCCUGCCAUCCUGGGUACCUGACUGGAGCACAGCCCAGUCUGCCAGUCCGCUGUUACAUGAUGCGCUUGGCGAACAACGCACUACACAUGCUACAGCGUAUAGCAAAGCCUUGCCGCAAUUUAUCGACACGGGUAACUCGACGCUGCUCCUACACGCGCACGAGAUAGCAAGCCUCACAGCACUGGCAUCACCGCUAGCGCACCCAGCCGCGGAUUCGAUAAAGAUGACAAGAGAUCUAGACAAGUGGUUGGAUAAGAUGGACGGGGCCGUGAUAUCGCUAGGAUACCUAUGGGGGCUUCUGGGACAGGUGUGGAAGUCGCUUUCCAAUAUAUACGAAGCAGCCAUGGCUAUUGUGCCGCUUCUCGUGACAUUUGCGAAGUGGGAGGCGUUUGCAACGGAAGUGUCCCCAACGAACCCCAGCCCUGGCGUUGCCGGAUCCGUGCCCGGGCCCGAUCCCUCACCAUCCAACCUAAUUACUGCGCCCGUUUAUGAGGUCAAAGAGCUAGACAUCCCCGCUACCCCGGAGGAAGAGCCCGAAGAUCGGCUGGCUGUGUAUUGGCAGACGCUAUGCACCGGUACGUAUGAUACAGCGACCGCUGCACCGGAGAUGGGACGCAAGAUCGCGUCGCAGAAGUUGUUUUACAGCUGGCGGGCGUCACUCGCGCCUUUCUAUCUCCUGAACCGGUGGAAUGCGGACCGGAUGCUGCGGCCGCUGGGAUUCGUGGGGUAUGCUAUCAAGACAUAUCGUAUGUUUAGCGAGUUUCCGCGCUUCCUGGAGGGUAGCUACGGACGGCGCUUGGGCCGGGCCGACAAUGGGUACUUGUGUCUGGUGCCAGCGACUGCGGAGGUGGGUGACAAAGUGAUACUUGCGAGAGGAGGGAGAGUGCCCCUCGUGGUGAGAGAGGACGGAGGAACUGGAUAUUGGCGGUUGGUGGGAGAGGCGUACGUGCAUGGAAUUAUGGAUGGUGAAGCAUGGGAGGGGGAUAAGUGCAAGGAGUUCCAGGUUAGAUGA